AUGACAGCGGCUCAGCUUGCACGUAAACGAGCGAAUGAUCGCCUCAAUAAGCGGGCCUCUCGUGCAAGAGCUCAACAAUACGUAUACAGGCUCCAGCAAGAGGUUCAGGAGCUUCGAAAUACCCUCGGUUCCUACAGAGUUGAUAUCCAUGUGCUGCAAGAGCUCUACCUUCAGAACCGAGCUCUCAGAGAGGAGCUGGAGAGACUACAGGAGCUUGCUGGGGCAAGAGAAGGAGCUUCGACUGUCAUGCACAUUGGAGUGCCGGAAAUGAGUCCAGUGUAUGGAUUUAAUCACCCGCUCUUGAACGAGACGCGGCAUCAGGCUCCAGCAUUAAACUACUACGAGUAUCCUAUAGAAAGCCCGGCGCUUUCUGCGCAGCUAGCCACUACAGCUAGUGUACCGAAGGCUCGAGAGCAGCAGGGUAUCGGUGCUGCUAGCUCAGGGGCGGAAGGCUAUGCGGAGAACUCGCAACCAAUGUAA